UUUUGCUAGAAAGAGACUUAGUUUUCGGACUGAAAUUUGUUUGGCUUCAAGCAAUUGCAAGCAGACAUAUCUUGAAAAUUACUAUUGACCAAUCAUUUGUGCAUGAUAAAGAUACUCUCGUAUUCUCGAGUUUUUUCAUUCAAACAUAUUUCAACUCGAGCUAGACAAUCUUGCAACCAUUUGCGAAGAUUUUCCGAAAUGGCUGAAGCCUACGUGCCUCCGGAAGUCUGGACGAUGGCCGAGUUAGGUCAAUUGGCUUCAAAUGCCAGUCAGAAUCUACCAACCUCUGGAGCCAGAACUGAGAAGGAGUUACCGGUUGGAAAACACCCUAUACAGGUAUACGCUCUGGCCACGCCCAAUGGGCAGAAAGUUAAUAUAAUGCUGGAAGAGUUACUAGAUGCCGGUGUGAAAGAAGCGGAGUAUGAUUCGCAUCUGAUCAAUAUAGGCCAAGGGGAUCAGUUUACUUCAGGCUUCACAGCUGUGAACCCUAAUGGAAAAAUUCCUUGUAUUCUCGAUCAAUCCGUUACUCCGCCACAGCGUGUUUUCGAGUCUGGUCAUAUUUUGCUCUACCUUGCUGAAAAAUAUGGUCGAUUUAUCCCAACAGAGCCAGCUAAGCGAACUGAAACUUUAAACUGGUUGUUUUGGGCUCAUGGUGCUACCCCACUCUUAGGAGGAGGUUUCGGACAUUUCUGGAAGUACGCGCCUGAAAAAAUGAAAUACUGCUUGAAUCGGUUUACCAUGGAAAUAAAACGACAAAUGGACGUUUUAGACAAACAGCUGGAGAAGAAUAAAUUCAUAGCUGGUGAUGAGUUUACAAUUGCGGAUAUCGCCGCGUGGACUUAUUAUGGGAACCUUGUCCUGGAUAGAUUGUAUCCUAAUGCGGCUAAAUUUGUAGACGCGGAGAGCUAUAUUAAUCUUCAGAGGUGGGCUAAGGAGAUGAAAGAGAGGAAGGGGGUUACUAGGGGUUAUAUUGUGAACAGACCAUGGGGAGAGGCAUAUGAAAAGUGUCCCGAAAGACACUGCCCUGACGACAUUGACUCUGUGUUGGCUCAAGCGCCAACCGAUUGCUAAUUUCUAAUCUCAUCUAAAAAAUGGACGGUUAAGGUGACAUAAAGCAUAAAUGAAAGGAUAGCCGAUUACUGUGCAGUAGCACAGAAUGUUCCGACCAUAGUCUUAAGACAUACAAAAAAAACCGUUUUUUUUUUCAUAAUAUUGUCGUUUUUCUGCGUAUUGUGAUAAAAGGAUCUGACCGAGAAACUAGAGCUUAGGCAUAUUCGACACCAAUAGUAAAAUAAGCGAAUUGGACAAUUGUUU